UAUGACUUUAACCAACAAAGAUUUUUUGUUGAAUUUACUGCAAAAUAUAUACAGAAAUUGCAAUAUCAUUAAAUUUCAACUAAAAAUUAAAAGUCCUUUACCUAAAUCCUAAAAUGCUUAUCAAAGUCAAGGUAAGUUUUUAGGUUAAGUUUGCCGGUUCAUAUUUUGACUCCCAAUUUUUUGAAAAUUCUUGUAUUGUGACCACUCGAAAUAGCGAUAAAAAGCGUGAAACUACGAACAGCUAAACUUCAUAGCAUUGUUAACGUGAAUUAACGUAUAGGUAGGAAUCUAAUGGUUGUGCUGUCUCAAUUUCAGACCUUGACUGGUAAAGAAAUUGAAAUUGACAUAGAACCCACUGAUAAAGUAGAAAGAAUAAAAGAAAGAGUCGAAGAAAAGGAAGGAAUACCCCCACAACAGCAACGGCUGAUAUUUUCAGGAAAGCAAAUGAAUGAUGAAAAAACAGCUCAAGACUAUAAAGUCCAGGGUGGAUCUGUAUUGCAUUUAGUGUUAGCAUUACGUGGUGGUGUUUAGACUGCGAACUGUAAAUUAUUUUCUUUUCUGUAUUGUGUAAGCAAAAAUGUAAUUUAAAAUAAAGUUUUUUUUUAUUUUCAACCCAACUUAUUUUUAUUUUGAAACUUUUAGACAUUUUUAGUCAGACAGUGGUCUGGUAAACACCUGUUCCUGAGAUGUCUGAAAAAUCUGUGUCAAAAGUAUCGUUACAUUAUGGAGAGAAAUAAAUUAGUGAAUUUUUUGUGUUAUUUAAAUAGUGUAGGAUAUAAAGGGAAUCAUCAUUACGAUGAACAUCUUAUCUCAAGAUUCGAAGAAAUAUGCGGAAAGCUGUCAUGCAAUUUGGACGGUAUUAUGUCAAGCCUUCAUUCUAUCUCUAAAUCAUAUUCUUCUCCAAAGCUAACGCCUGAAUGGAAGUAUAUUCUUCUCAAUUUCUACAUGUUGAAAUUAUUUAACGAAGAGUUGGAGGCAUCAGCAGAUAUAUUGAGCGUGCAGCAAAGGAAAAGCGUAAAGGAUUGUAUCAGGAAUCUCGUGACAGUUGGUAUAGCAAGUAAAUUGCACCCUCAGUUGCCUUUCCAUAUGAAAAUCUCAGACUCUGAUCAACACGAAGACUUUUUGGUGGUUUACAACAUACUGAAAUGCACUACCUUAGGCUUGUGUGAGUCCUUGAAGAUCCCCAACCUGCGAUUAUUAAUUUUGCCGGACAGCCUGAAAGAAAUAUUGGUUGCUACAUACCAGCUGGCUUUUUGCCCUUUGAAAAAGCCCUCGACGGAUGGUCCAAUCACUGCAGAACUGUACGCUCAAUUUUUAGAAGACAGGAAGAUAUUUGAGAACAUUUUAGAGCAGCUGAACUCCAAUAUUCAUCCUUUGAUAUAUUUGAAAGUGACUAUGGUUAUCUUCCAAGCAAAUUCGCCGUCUUGGUUCAAAAAAUCAGUGUCCCAAACUCUGACGAAUGCAUUAAGGGCAAAUUACGGCGUAGAAAACAUUGCAACAGUGUUAUUGGAUGGUGUGAGUGAUGACAGUGGUCAAACAUGGAAGAUAUUCGAGGUUUUCACGAGACUCAUCCAGAGUUGCAAGCAGUUUCCUGAUUUUAAAGAUAAUAUUUGCAAGCAACUGCUUGGUUUCCUAGAAAAAGUGACAGAUCACACACUGGUAUUUGAAAGAAUUUUUGUCCAUUGCACCAAAAGUUUUUAUCAGACAGAUGAAGAGCUAGCAAGGGAUGUUUUUAUCAGACCAAUAAUGAGCUAUUUUUUAUAUUUCACUUACAGUCACACUUUUUCCGAUAAUGAAGAUAUAACAGAUAAGAUGAAACAACAUGUACGGAUAUUGCAGUCACUGUUGACAGAAAGUAAUCCUCAAUGCCCAAACUUACCUUUGAGUAUGCUGAGACCUGUGUUACAAGUGUUAUUUCGCCUUUAUUGCUUGACCUCUGAUACUUCGUUAGAGUUGACACGAAACGAACUGAAACAGUUACUGACUACAUAUCUAGAAACAUACAAAGACGAAAUCAAUACAAUAUUUGACAGUUUCCUUUUCAACAUUCAUUCCAAUGAUAUCCUAGCGUUCAGGAAUGACGUAGCUUUAAAAGCAGAUGAAGGAAAAGUUGUUGUGAGUUCCUCUGACCAUGCCGUCCUCUAUUCUGUGUCUGAAAAUUGUGAAUGUACUCUAAAACUAUUAAAAAAUAAGCAAGAUUUGACCGUUAGAUUGUUUGUAUAUCUUUUGAGCUGUUUGAGUGAUGAAGGAAAGUAUUUUAAGAAGGCUAACGAAGAGCUCUUGAACUUUGAAAGUGAAGUUAUGAAUGAAUUCUUCGAGGCAAAGCUAACGGUGUACAAGAUACUUUCGGAGCUGUCUGAAGAUAAGGAUAUCCAGAAAAAGAUAACUGGGAAUCCAGGUUAUGUUGUUGGUUUCGUCAGCACUGUCAUAAAAAAUACUUUGGAGUUAUUGACUCGUGAAAAGGCGCAGACUGACUCAGAAGCAUAUCAAAUCCUUUUUACUGUGUUGAUUAUCCUUCAAAAUCUUGUUAUGAAUUCAUCUAAAGAGGAAAUAGAACAUUACAAAAUAUUAAAGGCUGACCUAGAAAAAAUAUGUGCUGCAACAGACGACAGAGAGACGAACAACAUUAUAAGAGAGAUAUUGGGAGGUAUGAUACCAGGAAAGGGUAAACAAAAAAUAACGGUAGAAGAAAAGAAAGAGAAAACUGAAUUAGAUAAAGCUUUGGAAGAUAUUUAUGACCCAAUCUUGCCAACUAGAGGACAUGGACUAAUGACCUUGGCAAAACUGUUGGAGAAGAAGGAUAAAGAUGCUUUGGAGAGGAAGCAGUUUUUACUAAAUCUGUUUCAGCAAAAUUUAAAGAAUGAAGAUUCUUAUAUCUACUUAAGUGCUAUCGGAGGUCUAGCAGCCUUAGCGGAUGUAUUUCCGGAUACUGUUUUAAAUGUCCUCUGUGAGGAAUACUCUGACACUUCUAAGAAGUACAACGAUGAUGGUCAUGAAGUCAGAAUGAAGUUAGGCGAAACCUUAGUCAGAGUCACAAAGAUACUAGGCGACAUGGCUCCAAAAUACAAACCUCUGCUACUAAAUACAUUUCUAGCAGGUGCUAAGGACGAUGACGAUUUAGUAAGGACAUCUAGUCUUUCUAACUUAGGUGAAAUAUGUAGAGUCCUUGGAUACAAAUUGGGAACUAUCAUUACAGAGGUUCUGGUGUGCGUCCAUGCCAUAAUUUCCACAGAUAAAUCUCCUCAAGCGAGACGAGCCGCAGUUACCGUACUGCGACAAUUGUUCAUAGGAUUGGAUACAGGAAUGAUAGAGUUCCUUAAAGAAGAAAUCCUCCCGAUCUACAGGACCCUCAAAGCUAUCUACAGUGACGACAAAGAUGACGUCAUGAGGCUUCAAGCUCAGUUGGCUCUGGAAGAGCUGAACGAAAACGUAAAGAAUUUCGUUUUUCCGAAUCCGCAGUUGAGCGACCGAAAAGUAGUGGUGUUGAAGAGUUUGAAGAAGGAUAGUGACGAUUGGGAGUAGCAUCAGUGGAACGUGUAGAAGAGAACAACUGUGGACAAUUUGCAUUAUUAUGAAAAUAAAAGUUACGUGAAUGAUUUAUACUUUCAUUUACAAAAACUAACACAGACAUUGUGAAACGUCACUUCUUUCAGAUGUUCUUAUUAGUAGCGUAGUAACUGCGGACGCUAAACUUUCAUUAUUUUUUAAAUAUCGUUCAAUAAUAAAAACACUUUGAUGUAUUGUUUA